AUGUCAGACCGCGGCGGAGACCGGGGCGGCGGCGGCUCCUCUGCCCGCGGCCGCGGCGGCUUCUCGGACCGGAGCGGACGCGGUGGCUAUCGCGGCGGACGCGGUGGCUAUCGCGGCGGCCGUGGCGACGGCGGUGACCGGGGCGGUCGCGGAGGCGGCUUCCGCGGUGGUCGUGGGGGCCGGCCGCGCGACACGACGAUCGAGCUGGCGUAUAGCGUCAAUGGAUCUUUCCCGCAGCCCGACGCUGCCGUGACGGCCCUCGAGGACCGCCUCAUCAAGACGCAGAGAUCCUCGGCCGCCGGCCUCGCGGCGCAGAUGGCCAAGACCAACAUCCAGGCGCCGCCCCUCCAGGCCCGGUCCACUGACGUGUUUCCCCUGAGGCCGGCCUUUGGCACAAGCGGCCAGCCCGUCACGCUGUGGUCCAACUACUUCAACGUCACCUUCAAACCCAUGGUGCUGUACAAGUACACCUUUGAGUUUGUCCAGGUCGGCUCCGAGACGUCGUCGGGCGAGCCGUCCAAGUCGUCCAAGGCCGCCAGCCGCGAGGUCAAGGGCCGCAAGCUCUACUUUGCCGUCCGCGAGCUGCUCGCCACCCUCAAGGCCGCCGACAAGACGCUCGUGCUCGCCACCGAGUACAAGAGCCAGCUCGUCUCGCUCCAGAAGCUCAAGCUGGCCGAGAACCCGGUGCGGUUCCGGCUGGCCGUCGAGACCAGCGGCGACAAGUGGGACGUCAUCGAGGCCACCAUCCACGGCCCGACAGAGGCGCCCUCGACGCCCUGCUCAACGCCCGCUUCUUCCCUUGGCAAAGACGAGGCCGCCACCAACCUGUUCCAGGACUUUCACCAGCUCAUCGCCGCCCGGGGUUUCUUCCAGUCGGCCCGCCUAGGCACCGGCCGGCUUCUGCUCAACGCAAACGUCAGCCACGGCGUCUUCCCAAAGUUGAUGCCGACAGAAUUUGGCUACUCGUAA